AUGGCCGUCCGAGCAGCGGCAGCUAUCCGCCUUCUUGCGCUUUUGGUGGACACGGCGUCGGCGCAAACCCUCCCAUACGCGCCGACGACGAUCCUUGUUCCCGAGAAUACGGUACCGCUACAACAGAAUGUCGGCGCAGACAUCGCCUAUAUCUUCGCACCUAAAGAUGGCUCCGUCGAGUUGCUCACCCUGAACAUUUCGAGUUCUGUUCAGGCCUCAGACCUGUCUCUCCGCACUUUGUCGCCCAGUCUUCCUUUCCUCACAGGGCAAAACACGGCGUUCGCGCCUAACAUCGCCGAAAAUGGGUCUCUCAUAGUUUACGCGGGAAACUGCUCGUCAUCAACGCAGUCGAGCAUCUGGGUCCUCAACCUGCAGGCAGAUGAUGCCCAAGCAGACUGGACCGAACAGGCCACAAUAUGGGGCAGCGAUGGCGUUCAGGCCGGCCCAGGAUUUCUCGGGGCCAGCUUGAGUUUUUCAACGACCCUAGCCCCUGUCAUGUCGACCGAGAAUGUCUACGUGUACGGGGGCAUGUGCCCAAGCACAGCUGCAAAUGCGACACGGUCACAGUCUGAGGCCACAUACUCAAAUCAGAUGAUCAAACUUUGGCGAUCCAAAUCUGACAGCUCAACCUACUCGGUUCAGUCCGUCGGCAGCAAAAGCGCGCCCAUUCCCGAGGCAGGCUUUACCUUCACGGGAUUAGUUCCGUCAAUGUCGAAUCAAUCCGGUACCGUCACUCAGCAGAUCAACCAUGUAGUACUUGGUGGGCACACCCAGAGUGCCUUUGUGAACAUGAGCACCGCAGCUAUCUGGAGUUUGCCCGAGGAAAGCUGGGCUUAUGUGGAUAUAGAGGUCGCAGAUUCCAGGACAGCUGGUACUGAACUGGCUAUAAAGAGCGCUUCACAGUCAGUUGAUGCCAGGUCGGGCCACAGUGCAGUGAUGAACCAAGACGGCGAUGCUCUCAUCAUCUACGGAGGCUGGGUUCAGAACGUUUCGAUAGCCGCUACGCCUCAGCUGGCCAUUCUGGAGAUGGGAGCCGGCUACGGCGGCGCUGGAAAAUGGCAAUGGGUCAUUCCAGAGAAUCAGCCCUCGGGUCCGGGUAUAUACGGACACGGUGCGGCGCUUCUGCCAGGCAACGUCAUGAUGAUUUAUGGAGGGUACGACAUCUCUUUAUCUGGAAGCAGUACCAAGAGGCAGGCAACGAGUACGAACAGCAAUAUAUUCCUCAACCUGACAACUAUGACAUGGUCGGACACGUACAACAACCCGGCCUACCUUGCCGCCGGCGGAACCCCAGCAGAGUCGCGCAGUUCCAGCAACGAUGCUAAGAAGCGCCUCGGGCUCGGAUUAGGUCUUGGCCUUGGGCUGGCUGCUGUUCUUGCCACGCUGUUGGUGUACCUUUUCUAUCGCCGGCGUCUGCAGCGGAAACGAGCAGCACGCGAGGACGCGAUCCGUGCUAUAGCCCAAGACACAAACCGAUUUCUCCACCACGACAUGAUGGAGCGCGACGAUGGACACGGCUCCUCAUGGUACACAGGAGCAAACGACCCUUAUCGGAGUGGAGGGCGGUCUCUAGGGUUCGAAAGCUUGCGUGGCCGAGGUAACAUAGACGGCAGUAACAGCAAUAUCCCUGGAAACCAACAGUUUGCACAAAUAGCUCGUAAACCUAUUGCGCCGAGAGGAGCCAGGGGUCAAUAUCAACCAGCAUCUACGAGCGAUUACGAGCCGCGGUCGGGCAACAGGGGAGGUCGAGCUGGGCCGAUUCACCCCAUCUACGAAGCAGACGAGGACGGCGAGAUGCAUGACGAAAACAAGCCAGCCAGCCCAGCCAAGGAAGCAGUUAAUCGUGAUAGUGCAAACUAUUCUGACCCUUUCUUGACACCUACCACUGAUCGCCAAUUCGUCUUGCCACCACCUAAUCGCGGCUCGGCAACCCCCAGCCCCGAAGGAAAGCAGACCACCGACCCUGAGGUCCAAGAUUGGAUGUCUGAUAUCGAUGCUGCUGAUGCAUUGAUCAGCUCGCGCAUGGCUACACAUAGUGCACAGGGAGGCAACGUGCGGAGCUCCCCCACCCGAAGAGGGACGAUCAAGUCGAAUCGCUCGGGCUAUGUCGCCGACGACGACUCGCGAACCGGGAGCAAUGUCUCCGAGUCGAAUCGGAGUACCCUCUCGCGGUCCAACUCGGCACAGCACCGUAAUUCCUUUGGCGCGAGUGCUGCUGUGGCAGCUGCUACCGCAGCCGCUGUGGCGGAAGAGAGACAAGGCACGAGCAGUAGUAGCAGUAGUGCGCCAUCAUACAAUACUGCGAGAUCCAGCUUCCCGGCUCUAAGGGCUAGUGGCCCGGCUCUCCUGAUGGGCAAUUCGCCGAACAAUGAGGACGAGGACGAGACACCGGGCAGUCCAAGCAAAAUGAAGCCCCGCCGAGGAUGGUUGGGUAGUUUGCGACGUGUUUUCAGCGGACCGACGCCAUCUCCCACCAACAGUGAUAGGGAGGGAAGCCCCAUUCGCGAUAGCAUGGCCGAAUCGUCCGACUACGACCCGCGACUCGGCGGACUAGGAGGCAUUGCCGCUGGUGGGCUACUGAGAAGGAAAGGAGGCCGUCACGCCUGGGAGAUUGGGGAAAUAGGCGAGUCCUCGAGGAGGGACGGCGUUCCUGCCGACGAAGAAGACGAGUGGGACAUUGAGAAAGCGGUGGAGAAGAGGCUCGUACAAGUCCUAUUCACGGUGCCUAAGGAGCGCCUGAGGGUCGUCAAUGCGGAGCCGAACCCAGACAGGGAUCUUCACGAGGAGAUCGAGAGGUUGUCUGCGGUCAUCGCGAAGGGAGAUUUCGACGGCGAGGUGCAUGUGGUGGACAGGGAUGGAGAUUUCGAGAAGCAGAUGAUGCUCCGAGGGGAGAAGGAGCAUGGAGAGUAUGCAAGAGACAAGGGCAAGCAAAGGGAAACGGUGGAUUCGGGUUUCGGGACGGAUAUUGGUAGUGAUAGACACAUGUCUCCUGGGCCGGAGGACCUGCUGGCCGUUCCCGCAGCGAUUGAGAGAUACCCGUCUCAUGGCUCGUCCAACCGGCUCGGCGUGGACAGCCGUGCCAGUCAGAGACAUUCGUCGCUUACCUCGGAACACAGCGAGGGCAAGGUGCUUCAUGCCGAGGCAGUUCGGCUGGAGCGCCCGGACAAACCCAAGACUCGAGUUCUGGCCAUGGUUGAGAGCUUCGAGUUCAAAAGCCGGACGCCAAGUCCGGAACGACCCCCGUGA